GAGAAGAUGGACGGCCGACGGACGGAAGCGAGGAACAGGGAAACCAUGUGUAGGGCGUAUGGUAGCAGCACAAGGGGACCGUUUUUUGAAGAGAGAGCGAGAAAAGCGAAAAACGGAGAUUUUGCGACAGAUGAUUUUCUAACAAAGUCAGGAAGGCGAGCCGAAGGCAACUGUUGCUCUCUUCGCGCAUGCACUUUUUUCACAUCGGCGCGCGAUGCUCAGCGCGUCUGCAAGACAUCGUGUGUAGGAGAGAAAAGAAUCUCUGAAGAGCUCGUCUCAGUCGCUUGCAGAAGAAGGAGAACAAGGAACUUCAAACCACGAAGCAAUGACGAAGAAGAACACUGCAAAGGCGUUGACGCGUAACAGUGCACACAAAGGGAAGUGGGGUGCAUGCGAUACGACGUGGAAACAGGCUGAACCAACGAGUUGUUUCCGACGCUUUCUCGCCACAGGUCUUUUCUUAACGUUCGAGUUUUCCGAGUUUGUCGUCUGCGCCUUCUCCUAGACUUCAGAGAGAGACCCGUCUUCCUCUUCCUCUCUCCUCUCUUCCCUUCUGUCUCCUCGCGGGCACCCACCUUCCACGUUUUAUUCGAGACUUUCUGCCUCUCUGCUUUAAACAAGUUUUCCUGUUGCACACACACACAGUUCUUUGCCUCGUCUUUCUCGGCGUCUGCCAGCUUCCGGCGUCUCGACGCGCGAUGCAGAGAGCGACGGGGAGGCCCUGCUCCCUCUUCCUGUUGUGGCUCUCUCUCUUUAUCGCUCUCCUCUCUUUUUCUGAGCCAGCUGCCAGCCUCCACUUCUCGACUUCGCCUUCUCUUCGAUCCCCCUUCUCUCCUCGACGUUCCUCUGCUUCUUUCUCUCUUCCCUGCCGCUCCUGGACAGACGCUGUUGUGCACCAUUCCUCUUCGCCUUCUCCUCCCUUCGACUUCGGCCAUUCUUCUUCUUUCGCGGCCUCUCCCCGCGGCUGCAACGGACUCUCCGGUACUUUUCCGUCCAGCAUCUCUUGUUCUCCACUCCCUUCUCUUUCUGCUCCCUCUUGUGCUCCUCUUUCUUUCCUCAGAAGCCCCGCGGGCAAUCUCCUUCACCGCUCGCGUUUUUCCGUCCAGGCGACUCCAAGAGCUGCGUCGCCCGUUGCCCCUCACCGUCUCUUCCUUCUUUCUCCCGCCGCCUUUUCUUCGUCUCUUUCCCCUCAGUUUCCUCUCUCUGCUGGAGACGGAUUGUCGAGCACAGCUCGCGGCGCCGCGCGGCGCACCGGCGUCGCUGUGCCGCCUCCGGUGGCGGCCUUCGGUCGCACUUUGGUCUACGCGUUUCUCAAGCCUCUGAGGAAGCCGCCGCAGUCUCCAGGCUCCCCGGCGAGUGCAGAGAGAGCUGAAGAGACUCCCGAGCAGGCGGCAGAAGGGACAGUCGACGAGACAAGUCCCCGCGGAGGGAAGCGAGAGAAAGAGAGCUACUUCCGAGAUUUCGACGUCGCGUACGACGCGAACGAGGAGCUGCGCCGCCUCAAUGACCUCCACAAAUUCUACGCGGUGUACACCUAUCCAGGGACUUUCUCCUUCGAGGAGAGCGAGGAAGACUGUCCAGAAGCACACGGGCAGAAGGCCGAGGCGACCUCGAGCCGCCUAGAUCCUCCCCCGCCUUCGCUGCCGACUGCGAAACGUCUAACUCUUCCCCCGACGCGCUAUCCGAACAAAGCUCUCUCUCUCUUCCCCUCUCCGCGACCUCGGCCCGCGACCUCUUCCUCGUCUUCUCCCUCGUCUUCUCCCUCGUCUUCUUCUUCAGCUUCUUCUGCAGCGUCUUCUGCAUCGACUGGGUCGUCUCCGCCAGUGCCGUUCGUACCGUCGCUGUCGGCGGUGUCUCAGACAGCCGAGGAGGACGCGCCCUUGCCUGCGCCUGCGUUUCCGUCGCACGCGUUGCCUCCCAAUCUGUCUGCCUGGGGUGGCUUCCCCCUCCCGGCGACGAUUGCGAAGCAGCCUGCGGCCCAGCGACGGGAGUGUUUCCUCGCACCUUCGCUUCUGGGGAACUGGAUCGUCACGCAGAGCCUCGCGCGGCAGAAGGCGCAGAUGCUGAGCAUCUUUGCCUUCGACUCGGAGGCCAGCGCCGCGAAACCCAGCGAAGGCGUUGGCGUACGUACAGAGGACAUGCGCGGGAUCUCGCUUGCCGGGACGCUGGCGGCGGCGGCGGAACGCACCCCCACAAAGGAAGGUUUGAGGAACGCAGACGCCGAAGCGCAAGCUGUGGCGGCCCACAACGAAAAAGUCGAGGAAAAUCUACGACUCGGAAUUGAAGGCGACACUCUCCGACGCGAGCGAGAAGGAAACACACGAACACUGCGCUUCGAGCCUUCUUCUUCUUCUUCUUCUUCUUCUUCUUCUUCUUCUUCUUCUUCUUCUUCUUCUUCUUCUUCUUCUUCUUCUUCUUCUUCUUCUUCUUCUUCUUCUUCUUCUUCUUCUUCUUCUUCUUCUUCUUCUUCUUCUUCUUCUUCUUCUUCUUCUUCUUCUUCUUCUUCUUCUUCUUCUUCUUCUUCUUCUUCUUCUUCUUCUCUCUCCUCGUCGUCCUCUCGUCCGGGAGAAGGGUACGAGCCUUACGUAUCGAUGCUGGACGAGUCGGCGCGGGGUGGAGGCGUCGCGAUGGAGGUAUGGCUGCCGGGCGUACGCGCGAAAGACAUUGCCGUGGAGCUGCGGCUCGUAGGUCGCGAGGAGACGGGAGAGGCGCAGGGCGGGGAGCGCGCGGACGCGGCGUGGAGUCUCGAUGAAGAAUUCGUUUUCAAGGAGAACGUCGAACACAUCGAGGAGCGCAUGUUCACGAAGGAAAGGAAACGGUGGCCGCCAACGCUCCUCCCCAUGCUGAUCGUCAAUGCACCCAAAAGUCGACGCGUUCUCAGAUGGGAGCUCGAAACCUUUCGAACAAGACAGAAGCAGGGACGCACUUCCGACUACGAGAGAAUUCAGCGCGCGUAUCGCCUCAAAUGGUUGGUGCCCUCUCAAAUGGGGUUCCUGUUUCUUCCCGCUCUCCGUUUCGUCUUCGUCUCCCUCUGUUCCCCCCCCUCUGGUUUUCUGCGCUUUCCACGUUUGCUUGCGCCGGAUUCUUGUUCCCUUUCCUUUCCUCCGGUUUCAAUCCAGCUUCUUGUUGCCUUCUGCUGUCCUGUUCUCUCCUCCUGUGUAGGCCUGCGGACGUGCGACGCGCAGAGGCCCGUCUCGACAGCGGCCGGCUCGUGGUGGUCGUGCCUCCGUUGGAGGACCUCUCCGAAUAUAAGCCGAGCGAAGAUGCAGAGCUGUUUCCGCUGCGAAUUCCAGUUGAUGAGAAGCCACUGCCCUGGACGGGGUUGAAAGGCUUUCGGAUUUACCAUUCGCGACGGGACUGGAUUUUCAACUACCACAAAUUUUCGCAGUAUCCGCGAGACGUUGAUCUCUUUUCUCUCGACGUCAGAAACGCACAGAUUCGCCCACCCGACAAACAGGAAGAACAGGAAGUCAAACGCAUGGCCGAGACCAUCUCGAAGAAAAACUGGAGAUUGUGGAGAGGCAAAAAACUCUGAAAACACACAUAGACGAGUGCAUAUUCCUCAAUAUACAUACAUAUAUAUAUAUA